AUGUCUGGGACGAAACGCGCCCGCGAUAGCAAUAAAAGUGGUACCCAGAAGAAACUGAAAUUGAAUAGCAGUCUGCCACCCAGUCAAUAUCAAACCGACAUAGAGCAAGAGGAAGAUCAGACUGAGGAUCAUGGUUUUCAAGAUUCAUAUGCAGACAAUAGCAAAGACUUGAUCUCCAAAUGGCAACAUGGAUCAAACGGACUGGCAGCCAAAACCAGAAUCGAUGAUCAUCCAUCAAAAGUGGUUUCAAAGCAUGCCCAUGUCAAGCAAAAGUCGCUUACUCGAGAACGAAAGUCAGCAAAACCAAACUCACAACUGAUCAGUAGGACAAAGAAGCUAUGGGAACGAUUGCGCCUUAAAUCACAUGUUCCCCGUGAAGAACGGGAGAAACUGGUGACAGAGCUUUAUGCCAUUAUCACUGGCCGAGUGAGAGAUUUUGUUUUCAAGCAUGAUGCAGUGAGAGUUAUCCAAACUGCGUUGAAGUACGGUACUGCCGAGCAACGCAAAAAAAUUGCCCUGGAAUUAAAGGGGUGUUAUCGAGACUUAGCAGAAAGCAAAUACGGCAAAUUCCUACUGGCGAAGCUUGUCGUCCAUGGAAACUCGGAAAUUCGGGAUAUGAUUAUACCCGAGUUUUAUGGCCACGUCAGAAUGUUGAUAAGGCACCCGGAGGCAUCUUGGAUCUUGGACGAUAUAUACCGCAUAGCAGUGACAUCCAGCCAAAAAAGUAUGCUACUGCGCGAGUGGUAUAGCCCGGAAUUCGCCAUAUUCGACUCCUCUCAUCCUACCCCUACAACUUCUCAACUAUCAGAAAUAUUGGUCGAAAUGCCUGAAAAACGAGGACCGAUUAUGAAUCAUCUACUAGAGCUCAUCAACCUACUCGUUCAGAAAAAAACAAUUGGUUUUACGAUGCUCCAUGAUGCUAUGCUCCAAUACUUUCUAAAUACGAAACCUGGGAGCACAGACGCCGCUGAUUUUAUGGAACUACUGAAAGGAGAUGAAGAUGGAGAUCUGGUGAAAAAUCUAGCGUUUACGAAAUCAGGUUCGAGGCUGAUGUGCCUCGCCUUCGCCCACUCGAAUGCGAAAGAGAGAAAAUCAUUGCUAAGAGUAUACCGCGACAUGAUUCCGAUGAUGGCGGAAGAUAUACACGCGAGAACCAUUCUGCUCGCUGCUUACGAGGUAAUCGACGAUACGAAACUCACAGCUAAAUUGAUUUUUCCCCGAUUGCUUUGUGAACAUCUCCCCGAAACUCAACGUCAUAACAAUUUAGUUGAGCGAGUGAAUCAUAUUUCGAGCAGAGUUCCAUUACUUUAUCUUUUUGGGGGCGAAACUCUAUCAUGGCUGCUCAAUAGCGUCGACCGCGAAAUUCUGUCGGAAGUCCGUCAGGCUAGAUCAGAGACAUCUAAGAAAGAUCCAGUGGUCCGUCGGAAUGAAUUGAUCAAGGCUGCAUCGCCCAUCAUGCUCCAAUUUAUUAGUUCGGCUGCAGAGGCUCUCAUGGAAACUGAUUUCGGCUGUCGCUGUAUUACAGAAGUCCUCUUCAAUGCUACUGGCGAAAAAGGGCCCGCACUAGCUGCUGUUGCUGCCACAGUAACGGCCAAGCCAGAAAGGAUGGAGGCACCAUUUGUUGGGAGGAUGCUAAAGCACCUAGUUCAAGGUGGUCGAUAUAAUCCCAAUCGGCGGACUGUGGAAAAGCUACAGACUCCCCUGGGUUUUGAUGUUUUGUUAUAUGAGUGCAUCAAGCAUGAUAUACUGUCAUGGUUGGUGGGUCCAAAUCCGUUUGUUUUAGUUGCGAUGGCAGAAAACUGUGCUUUCGGUAAGAGGGAUGAGUUGUUGAAAACAUUGAAAGAGCACAAGCAGACUUUGCAUGACCUAGAGUCCAAAACAGAUGGUUUGUCAGAAAAGGCGAAAGUCGAGGUUCAAGGUGCAAAUGGUGCAGCAGCUAAGCUUUUAUUGCAUGUGAUUGAUCAAAAGAGUUAG